AUGGCCAAGCCCAAGCACACGGCUGCUGGUCGCAAGGGCAAUGCUUCCGCAUCCCUCAGCCCCAACAAAAACGAGAAGUUUGCCUUUGAACAGAACACGGAAGCCGAGGAGACACCCGAACAAUCUGAAGGCGAGAAGAAGCAACAAGAUUGGGAGAAGAAACGGCAAACCUUCAUUACCCGGACAAUAUGGACCUUCGUCAUGAUUGCCGGUUUCUUCAUCGCCAUGUUCUCUGGCCACAUAUAUAUCAUUGGCCUGGUCACCGCUAUUCAGAUUGUUUCAUUCAAGGAAGUCAUCAACAUCGCCAACAAAAAACCUCAGGGCGAAAAGGAGCAGAAGCCGGCACCCCGCUUUACCAAGCAGCUAAGCUGGUACUUCCUCGCGACCACCAUGUAUUUCCUGUAUGGAGAGAGCGUGAUAUAUUAUUUCAAGCAUAUUUUACUUGUGGAUAAGGUUCUUUUGCCCCUGGCAAACCACCACCGCUUUAUUAGCUUUACUCUUUAUGUCAUGGGAUUCGUGUUCUUUGUGGGAACUUUGCGCAAAGAUACCUACAAGUUGCAGUUCGUUCACUUUGCUUGGACGCACAUGGCGCUGUACUUGAUUGUGGUGCAAGCUCACUUUGUCAUGAACAACAUCUUCGAGGGCAUGAUCUGGUUCUUCCUCCCUGCGUCUCUGGUCAUCACCAAUGAUAUUUUUGCCUAUGUCUGUGGCAUUACAUUUGGUCGUACCCAGUUGAUCAAGCUGUCGCCGAAGAAGACCGUGGAGGGCUUCCUUGGCGCAUGGAUUUGCACCAUCAUUUUUGGCUUUUUCAUGACUAAUGUGCUGAUGCGGUACAAGUACUUCAUUUGCCCUGUCAAUGACUUGGGCUCGAAUGUUUUGACUGGCCUAGAGUGCGUUCCAAACUCCGCCUUCAUCCCGCAGCCCUACUCCCUCGAAUUGAUCGGUCUGGAUAAGACUUUCUAUGUUGAGCCCAUGCAACUUCAUAUCCUGAGCUUCGCUACUUUCGCCUCUCUUAUUGCUCCGUUCGGUGGUUUCUUUGCCUCAGGUCUGAAGCGCAGCUUCCAGAUUAAGGACUUUGGCGAGUCCAUCCCCGGCCACGGUGGUAUUACUGAUCGUAUGGACUGCCAGUUCAUCAUGGGCUUCUUCGCCUACAUGUACUACCACAGCUUCAUUGCUGUCUACAAGGCUAACGUUGGUGACAUUAUCGAGACUGUCAUCAACGGUCUCACGGUUGAUGAGCAGUUCGAGGUUGUUCGCGGCCUCAGCAAGUACCUGCACAACCAAGGUGUCGUUUCAGAUACUAUUCUGGACUGCCUUGUCACUGAGCUUAAGCGUUGA